AUGAAUAAUAUUAUUAAAGGUGCAUCAAUAAUUUUAGGUUCGGCUAUUGUCGGAAAAAGUAGUUAUUCUUUGAUUAAUUGUGAUGAAAAUAAAACUGAACACACAAGUAAUUUAACAACACCACCAACAACCAACAAACCAAAAAAAUGUUGCAGUUCAAAAAAGAAGUGUAUUAAAAAAUCAAAUAAAAUUAUUUCAAACAACCACCACAAUGAUAAUAAAGAGGUAAAUGAAAAAUUAACAAAUAGCACCAAAAUGAGAAAAGACUUGGCAAAAGAAAUCUUAUCAUGGAAAGAAGCUAAUUUUGUUCCAGGUAUCAGUGUUUGUAUUCAAAAUGAAGGCGAAACCAUUUAUAAAGAGGCAUUUGGAUACUCUGAUAUUGAAAACGCCAUACCAAUGAACACAUCAAGUAAAUUAAGAAUUGCAAGUAUUUCAAAAGCAUUAACUGCUAUAGGUUUAGGUGUUUUAAUGGAUGAAGGUAAAAUUAAAUUAGAAGAUUCAAUACAAAAAUAUGUACCAGAAUUUCCAAAAAGUCCAAACUAUCCAGACGAGGAAUUAAGUGUUGGAGAUGUAGCAUCACAUUUAGGAGGUAUUAGACAUUAUGGUAAAAAUAGAGCUACAGAGUUUUACAGUGUUGGAAAAUAUAAAACAUCAAAAGAAUAUAACCCACACAACCAUCCAAAUCCAUUACAAAUGUUUAUAAAUAACCCAUGGGUAGAAGAUUUAAAUAAAACUAAACCAGGUCACUACUAUAGCUAUUCAACUUUUGGUUAUACAUUAUUAGGAUUGGUCAUCGAAGAAGCAUCAGGUAAAGACUUCCUUUCAUUUAUGAGGGAAAAGGUAUUUAAACCAUGUGGUAUGUACAGCACUUUACCAGAUGAACAUGAUACUUUAAUUCCAGGACGUUCGAAACAGUAUGCUUUAAAAUUCAUCCCCAGAAGCACUCAAGAAAUUGCAGUAUCAGGAUAUAACGAACCAAAAGUAGUUUUAUGUAAUGCAGAAUUUACAAACUCAUCCUACAAAUGGCCAGGUGGUGGUUUCAUUUCAACAGCUGAAGAUUUAUGUCGUCUUGGUUCAACUUUAUUAAUUGGAAAUCUUUUAAAAACCGAUACAAUCAAAAGACUAUUCACACCAAAUCCUCCAAAAACUGGUAAAUCACCACAAGAAUAUGCCACUGGUUGGAUCUAUCAAAAAAAUAAUGAAGUUAAAAACAAUGAUAGUGGUAAAGGUGAUAUCAUCUACCAUACAGGUAAUGCUGUUGGUGGUUCAACUGUUUUAGUUACAAUGCCAAAUGAAAGAAUCGUUGUUACAGUUUUAGCAAACCAAGAAAAAACAUCAGGUUCAAUAGCUGAAUUUGGUUUUAAAUUAGGAAGAAUCACCUCACAAUAUAAAGACAACUAUACAGAAUAA